AUGGCCAAAUUAGACCCUGACAAUUGGAAAAGUGCAAAGGACAUUAUGGAUGAGCGAGCCGCUGCCGCCGCGUUGAAGCGAAAGCGAGACUCCGAAGAAGAUGAGCCUGCCACAAGCCCAAAUAUGCUCGAAGGUAGCGAAAUGGAACAGCCGAAAGCUAUCCAGGAUGCACAGGCCUCAAAACCCAAAAAGCGAAAGACCGACAGCAAAGAUUCAGAGCAAACAACUGAUGUCCAGAACAUUGACGACACAUCAGAAGACAAAGGACGCCGGAAGGCAGAGGAAAGGGCCGCAAGAAGACAACGGAAGAAAGAGAGAAAAGAGAAGGCCAAGCAGAAGGUGGAACGACAAAAGGCUAAGAAAAAGGAAGUGGAACAACUAAAUGCUCCUGAGAAUGAAAUCCCGAAAGAAGUGCAGAAGGAACUAAAUCUCCAGAUCCCGGUUGAUCUUGGGGCGGCCACUCGGCGGGACAGCUCGCCCUCCACAGCUUCUUCAGAAGAUGAACCAGAAGAGGUCUUCUCCCCGCAGCACGAGUCCGGGACAUCAUCGACAUCAUCUGUGCAGCCCACAUUGGUCGACGAGACCAUCAAACCUGCACAUUUGGAUCCGCGUCCAACGACAUUGCCAUCGGCCAGCGACAACAUGGUGAACAAAACGCCCCGAGAAAGGCUGCAAGAAGCGAUAUCCCAAUUUCGUGCAGAACGUAAAGCCGACGGCGGCGAUGGUUGUCCGCCGAAGAACCGACAAGAGCUGCUAGAGCAACGACGUCAGAAGGAAGAGGCAAAAAAGGCAGCCAAGAAGGAACAAAAACGCCGAGAAAAGGAAGAAGAGGCUCGCCGUCAAGAUGAGGAGAUGGCGAGGCGUUUCUCGCCUGGUGGUUCUGGCUCUCUGCUUGCGUCACCUCGCUCUCCCAUGAUCGGCGACAACAGUGGCUCCCCUCCAAACUCAAACUCCGCCAACAACUUCAUGUUUGGCCGCAUCGCGUUCGAAGACGGCACACAUUUCGAACCCUCAUCAACCUCUGCUGUGGAAGGACACAAAAGGAAAGGCGUGCGUGACACUGCCACAGAACUCAAACUCGCAGAAGCCAAAAAAGCCCGUAUGGCAGGUCUGGACGAGGAGAAGCGCCGCGAUAUUGAGGAAAAGGAUAUGUGGUUAAAUGCUAAACGGCGAGCUGACGGCCAACAUGUCCGGGACAACACUUCUCUUCUUAAAAAAGCAUUAAAAAGGCAACAGGGUCAGAAAAAGAAGAGUGAGAGAGAGUGGAAUGAGAGAUUGGAAGGAGUGAAGAAGGCGCAAGACGCAAAACAGAAGAAAAGGGUAGAAAACUUGGCCAAGAGGAAGGAGGAGAAGCACUCGAAGCAAGGCAAAGUCAGGAGGCCGGGCUUUGAGGGGAGUUUUAAAGGAAGGACAGGCGGGAAACGGAAAUCGUGA